GGAGAGAGGCUAGCACAGUGUCGCCUCCCACCUCCUGCCGUCUCGCUUUAAAAUCCCGCGACGCCGUGGCCGCUCACCUCUUUUGGAGCCUCUGACCUCCCGAUACCUUCCCCUCCCGCUCGCCCCCCUCCCCCACCCUUCCCGUGCUGCAGGCAGCAGCAGCAGCAGGAGUGCAGGGGCAGGCACGCCUCACGGGGGGCGAAGCUUCCGCGAGAUCCGCGCGCGAUGUCGUCGCGGCCGUCGUCGUCGUCGUCGUCGCGGCGGAGCAGCUCGCCGUUCUCCGCGGGGCACCGCCGCCCGCCCACCGCGUCCUCCUCCUCGAGCUCGUACUUCAGCUCCGGCCGCCUCAUUCCGCGGUCGUCCCCGUCCUCCGUCAGCUCCAGCUUCUACGGCGGGGGCGGGGGCAGCUCGAGGUCCACCACCCCCGGCCGCCGCCGCUCAUCCGUAGCACCGCCGCCGGAGCCGGCGCCCGCGCUCGCGCCGGUGCCGUUCCCCAGCGCGGACGAGCUCGUCAUCGAGGACACGUCCCGAUCCGGCGACAGCAUCUCCGUCACCAUCCGCUUCCGCCCGCUCAGCGAGCGGGAGUUCCAGCGCGGCGACGAGAUCUCGUGGUACCCGGAUGGGGAUCGGCUUGUGCGGUGCGAGUACAACCCGGCGACGGCUUAUGCUUAUGAUAGAGUUUUUGGGCCAUCGACAACCACUGAGGCAGUCUAUGAUGUUGCAGCUCGGCCUGUUGUGAUAGGUGCCAUGGAGGGCAUCAAUGGGACAGUUUUUGCCUAUGGUGUGACAAGUAGUGGGAAGACCCACACAAUGCAUGGUGACCAGAACUGUCCAGGAAUUAUUCCACUAGCCAUUAAGGAUGUCUUCAGCAUGAUCCAAGAAAGUCCUGGAAGGGAAUUUUUGCUCCGUGUAUCGUAUCUUGAAAUCUAUAAUGAGGUUAUCAAUGAUCUACUUGAUCCUACUGGCCAAAAUUUGCGUGUGCGGGAGGAUGCACAGGGAACCUACGUAGAAGGAAUAAAAGAAGAAGUAGUUUUGUCUCCAGGACACGCUCUUUCUUUUAUUGCAGCUGGUGAAGAACAUCGUCAUGUUGGCUCUAAUAACUUCAACUUAUUUAGCAGCCGAAGUCAUACAAUUUUCACUUUGAUGAUUGAAAGCAGUGCCUGUGGCGAUGAGUAUGAAGGGGUCAUGUAUUCGCAGCUCAAUUUGAUUGAUUUAGCUGGGUCUGAGAGCUCUAAGACAGAGACUACAGGGUUAAGAAGAAGGGAAGGCGCAUAUAUUAACAAGAGUCUUUUAACUCUUGGAACCGUCAUUGGCAAGCUCAGUGAAGGGAGGGCAACACAUAUACCCUAUCGUGAUUCUAAGUUGACCCGUCUGCUACAGUCAUCAUUAAGUGGCCAUGGUCAUGUCUCACUAAUUUGUACAAUUACCCCAGCAUCCAGUAACAUGGAAGAAACACAUAAUACAUUGAAAUUUGCAAGCAGAGCAAAACGUGUUGAAAUUUACGCCUCUCGCAACCGGAUAAUUGAUGAGAAGUCUUUGAUCAAGAAGUAUCAGAGAGAAAUAUCCUCUCUAAAGCAAGAACUCGAUCAGCUAAGGAGAGGAAUGAUUGGCGGUGCUAGUCAGGAAGAAAUUAUGAGUUUACGUCAGCAGUUGGAGGAGGGUCAGGUAAAGAUGCAGUCCCGUCUGGAGGAGGAAGAGGAAGCGAAAGCUGCUCUAAUGAGCAGGAUACAACGUCUGACCAAAUUAAUACUUGUUUCCACAAAAAACAAUAUUCCAGCCUUGACAGAUAGUCAUCAGCGACACAAUUCUGCCAGUGAGCAAGAUGCGGGUUUCACGGCAUCAGAUCAAAUGGAUCUACUAAUUGAGCAAAUAAAGAUGCUCGCUGGGGAGGUUGCAUUUGGUACCAGUUCGCUGAAAAGAUUAAUCGAACAAUCAAUAGAUGACCCUGAAGGGACAAAGGACCAGAUAGAAAAUUUAGAACGUGAAAUCCAGCAAAAGAGAAGGCACAUGCGAUCCCUGGAACAACAAAUCAUGGAAAGUGGUGAGGCAUCAGUUGCUAAUGCUUCCAUGGUGGAUAUGCAGCAGACUAUUUCAAAACUGACAGCUCAAUGCAGUGAGAAGGCUUUUGAGUUAGAGUUAAAAUCAGCCGAUAAUCGUGUCCUUCAGGAGCAGCUACAGCAGAAGAAUGCGGAAAUCAAUGAUUUACAAGAAAAAGUUCUUCGCCUUGAGCAACAACUCUCAGUAAAGGCUGACAGACCCCCUGAGCAGGAGACAAAUUACAUAAAGCAGGAGAAUAAUUACUCACAGCAGGAGACUAUUGAUUUGAAAUCUAAACUUCAGUCCAAGGAAGCUGAGAUCGAAAAGUUGAAAUAUGAGCACCUGAAAAUUACUGAGGAACAUCAUGACUUGAUCAAUCAAAACCGUAAGUUAAGUGAGGAAGCUGCGUAUGCAAAGGAAUUGGCAUCUUCAGCUGCUGUUGAACUUAAGAAUUUGGCUGAAGAAGUUACAAAGCUAUCUGUACUAAAUUCCAAGAAAGCAAAUGAGUUAUUAGUUGCUCAGGAGAUGGCACAUUCAAGGGUUCAUGCUAGAAAGGGUCGUACAACUAGUAGGGGCAGGGACGAGGUUGGGACAUGGAGCCUUGAUUUAGAGGACAUGAAGAUGGAGCUACAUGCCAGAAGACAAAGGGAGGCUGCUCUGGAAGCUGCUUUGGCAGAGAAGGAGCUUCUUGAAGAGGAGUACAAGAAAAAGUUUGAUGAGGCAAAGAAAAAAGAAUUAUCUUUGGAAAAUGAUCUAGCAGGCAUGUGGGUUCUCGUUGCUAAGUUGAAGAGAGGGGCUUUAGGCAUAUCCGAUUUGAACGUUGAUGAUCGGUCAGUUAACCUAGCUGAUAUAACUAAUGGCACAAAGGAAAACAAAGUUGACAAGAAUUUUGCUCUAGUUGAGAAACAAAUUUCAGAUGAUACUAUGAAGUCGCUGACAGCAGAAGAACAUAGAAGCCCGGAGUUUGAACCACUUCUUGUUCGUCUGAAGGCUAAAAUUCAGGAGAUGAAGGAAAAGGACUCUGACCCCUUAAGUGACAAAGAUGGAAAUUCACAUGUCUGCAAAGUAUGCUUUGAAUCUGCAACCACUGCAGUAUUGCUUCCUUGCCGUCACUUUUGCUUGUGCAAGCCCUGCUCUCUUGCCUGUUCAGAGUGCCCUCUGUGCCGCACUAGAAUCGCAGACAGGAUAAUCACCUUCACAUGAAUCGCGUGCUAGCUUCAGGUGGUUCUGAAGCACCCGUUCUCUUGUAAAAUCCUCAGGGUAUAUGUUUCUCUUUUUGUCCUUGUAGCAAAGAAGGUGCCUUUUAUGUUCCUUCUGUGUUGUAUCGCCAUUCUUUCGAUUACCCUAUAGCUUUAGCUUUCGUUCUUUUGUUGUGCCGAGGAGUUACAAAAUGAUGACUUCUCGCUCUGCAAAUAUGUAUAGAAUAUGCGACUCGACAUAGUAACACAUUUUUGUUUUUGCUCCAUGAAGGAAAGUAGUCAACAACCUGAUGAAUGAUGUCA